AUGGCUUCAAACGACGAUCUCAAGGCGCACGCCGCCUCUAAUCAAGAUUUUUACGCCCUGCUAGACAUAUCCCCAGCCGCUGCCGAAGGCGAGAUUCGUCGCGCAUACCGAAAAACUGCUCUUAAAUACCAUCCCGACAAAAUCGCGAACCCGACACCUGCAGACAUCGACAAGUUCCACACUUUACAGAUCGCCUACGAUGUCCUCUCUGAUCCGUCGAUACGACAGCUCUACGAUAAUGCGCGGGAGGCGCGACAGCGGAAGCAGCGCGAGCGGGAUAUGAUGGAUGCGGCGAAGAGGAAGAUGAGGGAGGACCUGGAAGCAAGGGAACGCGCUGGUGCUGCGGCGAUGGGUGGUGCGCCUCGCGGGGUGAAACGGACGUGGAUGAGUGGGACGGGUGAUGAUGACGCGGAGGAGAAGCUGCAGCGGGAAAUUGAGCGGAUCGCGGAGGAUGGCCGGCGACGACGACGAGAGGCGGAGGAGCGGUUGAAGCAAAAGGCCGACGACGACGAGAAGAAGAGGCGUCAGGAGGAGGAAGAGGCACAGAAGGCUGCAGAUAAGAGUAGUCAGCGGGUCGAUCGCUCGCAGGAAGGUGGAGCGAAUGUGCCGGAACUAGAACGAGCUGUGAAGGCGCGCUGGGUUCGUGAAGGUAGGGGCUUGGACUUGGAUAAAGAUCGUUUAACGUCUUUGUUCACUCCGUUUGGCAAGGUCGAAAGUGUUGUUGUGCUCAAGGAUAAGCGGCAACGCAUUGGAGAUAAGCGUGAGAAAAAGACUGUCGCAACGGGCGUUGUGGUCUUUACUUCCAUCGUGGGUGCGCAUGCUGCCGUUCUGGACAGUGAGAAGAAGAUACGCCAAGGCGCUGGGCAAACCGAUAGCGAUUGGGGCUCGAUUGACUCUGUAUUCUGGGCAUCUGGCAAUCAACCUGACCUAGGAGCAGGGUCUGACAACCGUCCUUCCUCUCCUCCCGCAGAGAAAAGUGAGCCAAAGAUGGCAGCUGCGCCUCCCAAGCCUGCAUUUAACUUCCCUGGAGUCAAGAUGACGGGUUCAGAUGGCAAAAGGCCUGGUAAAGCGCCGUCUUUUGGUUCAUUCGCUUCUGCUGCAGCCGCAGCUGGUUCAGCAAAGCCGAACCCUAGUUCGUCGACUAACGGUCCAAGUGCCCCUAGCAUGGAAGAAGUGACAUUAAUGCGACUAAAGACUGCGCAGCGAGAGAAGGAGCGCAAAGCUCUUGAGGAGCAGCUUCGGAAAGAAGACGAGGCUGCAGAUGCCGCCGAGGCCGCGGCCGCUGAAGCCAAUGCUUAG